AAUACUCCACGUAUGAAAGCUACAGGGUUGGUAGGUAGAUGUGUUGUUCGUUAUACCACAUUCAUUUAUUUAUUGACAGCUAGAAGAGGUAUUUCGUUAAGUUGCAAUCUGGUCUAGAGGUUAAGAGCAAGCUGAUGUUAAUAAUAAAGCUGUAUGAACUGGUGGUAUGACUGAUAAUCUAAUAACGUUCGUGCGCCGAGGUACCCACUCUGGUAUAGAGAUGAUUAACCGCAUAAAAAGCAUUGGAUCAGGCAAUGGUCGCCGUCACGGAACCACAACAUCAUCCUCAAUGAUGCAUAUGGUACCAAGUGAAGAGGACAUGGUGAAUGGUAUAACGCAAGAAAGUGCCUUUGCCUUCGAAGUUUGUAGCAUUUUCGACAGUCCUUACCGUCUUAUAAAGAUUGCCGAAAAAGGGAAUUACGAUGAGUUUAUGGAACUGUUUCACAGCAAGCCUGAUCUUAUCAACUUCAAGGAUAAGCGUGGCGCCGGGGUGCUGCACCAUUCCGUCAAGGGCAACAAUGUCCACAUUAUGGAGUUUCUCAUCGCUCAGGAUGUUGACGUCAAUUUACCGGAUUCGGCACUAAACACACCCCUGCAUUGGGCAGCAACGCAUGAUAAACCUGAAGCCGCUCAAUUACUGCUGGAUCAUGGCGCCAAUCCAAACGCACUAAACGGAAACCACCAAUCACCUCUUCACAUUGGAUGUGAUAGAGAGUGUGUCAGGAUUGUGGCUAUUCUGAGCAAUCACAGGGAGACUGAUAUAAAUUUAACCGGAGAUGCUGGCCAGACACCUCUUCACUACUGCGCGGUUAAAGAUAAUAUAGAGACAGCCAAAAUACUGAUUAGAAAAGAAGCCAAAAUCACUAUACCAGACGCUAAUGGGAUGUACGUCUUACAUGCGGCAGCGACUCACGCAUCGUCCAGGGUGCUAGACCUAUUGUUUAAGGAAGGAGAGAAAGCUGGGUGUACCAGGAUGAGCAUGCUGUCCCUUCUGGAUAAAGAACAGAAUUCAGCCCUCCACUGUGCGGUCAACGGCGGCGACAUUAAUGCUGUCAAACUAUGUCUGGAUUUUGGUGUAUCUUUGGAUGUGAAGCAGGAUGACGGUUCAACACCUAUCCAUCUUGCUUGUUCUUUAGGAUGUCUAAACAUCAUGAAGCUCAUGCUUGAAAGACAGCCAGGCAAGCAUCUGCUUGAGAUGAAAGACAGCCAACAUCAAACACCGAUACACAAGGCCGCGAUGUUUGAUCAUGAAGAACUUGUAAGAUUUCUGAUUAAUGAGGGUUCGAAUAUAGAUCCGGUAGAUAAGCACAACCGCACUCCUUUGCUAUUGGCAACUGCACGCGGUGGUUGGCGAACAGUGCGCCUCCUACUGUCACGUGGUGCAGACUAUAAUCGUGUCGACGGGCAAGACAGGAACAUACUGCAUCUUACAGCCAUUAAUGGCGCCGGUCCACUUUUCUUUGGAAAAGAACUAUUUAAGGGCAAAGAUGCACGGUUAUUACUAAACAUGCAAGACUGUCACGGGUGCACUCCUAUGCAUUACGCUACCAAAGAAGGAAACAUGAAGUCAGUAAUGGGGCUAAUUGAGCUCGGGGCAACUGUCAACUCCAAAGACAAACAUAAACAAUCACCUUUACAUUUUGCAGCCAAAUAUGGAAGAUUCAACUCAUGCCGACGAAUGCUAGAUAGUCGACAUGGACAGAUGAUUAUCAAUAUAGCCGAUGGUGAGGGCAAGACUGCUCUCCAUAUUGCAGCCUUGCAUGGACAGGCUAAGGUUGUCCAGUUGUUGCUACAUAGAGGCGCUCUUCUUCAUAAAGACCACAAUGGGCGUACACCAUUGCACCUAGCUUCAAUGGGAGGAUAUACCAAUACUAUGAGUGUUUUACUAGCAACCCACCCUCAACUAUUGGAUAUGGUAGAUGAUGAAGAGAAUACUGCACUUCACUUAGCGGCUCAGUACGCCCAUUCGGGCGCUGUCAAGUUCCUCCUCGAUAGUAACGCCAAAAUAGUAUCUAAUCUGGACAACCUGACCAUCGUUGAUAUGGCAAUAGAGAACAAGAAUAAAUACGUUGCACUAGCAAUUGUGCAGAAUGACAGAUGGAAAGAAGCUUUAGGAAACUGUUGUCGGUACACACUUGGGCUUAUUGAACAUCUACCAGACGUAUGUCUUGUGCUACUCGACCGCUGCGUAACCAAAUCAGACGAGGAACCUGAGUCUAAGGAAUUCUGGUACAAAUACGACUUCACAUUUCUGAAAAGCUCUGGGUUUGUGACAAAGCUGUAUAAUACAAAAGGAUUGGAACUAAUGCCUCUUCUACCGUUAAAUAAAAUGGUGGAGUUCAACCGUAUCAACUGUCUAUCUCACCCGGUUUGUCUUCAUUUUCUGUCUAUGAAGUGGGCUUCUUAUGGCAGACCUGUUUACAUGAUCAAUAUAUUCAUAUACGCAAUCUUCUUGAUGUUUCUUACUGGAUUCGUGGUUGAAGCACCGCAUAAAAAUACAAAUGGCAAUCACAUAUAUCCAACAUCUACUGCAGACGUAAUAACAGUGUUUGCCGCCGUGAAUAUGGUAAAAGAAAUAAUACAAAUGUCUUACCAGAGGGAAAAGUAUUUUAGGGAAGCAACAAAUGCCAUAGAGUGGAUUUUAUACAUAAGUUCGAUGAUCUUUGUUGCACCUUUCCUCGUUCACAAUUCUUCACAUUACCAGUGGUCCUGUGGUGCAGUGGCCAUAUUUUUAGCAUGGUUUAAUUUUCUGUUAUAUCUACAAAGAUUUGAUAUAUUUGGCAUAUAUGUAGUGAUGUUCCUGGAGAUACUGAAAACUUUAAUACAAGUAUUGCUGGUGUUCUCAAUUCUGAUCAUAGCCUUCGGCCUCGCUUUGUAUAUACUACUUUCCGAAGAGGAAAACCAUGCCCAUAAGACGGUAGGCCUGUCUCUGAUGCACAUAGUUGUGAUGAUGCUAGGGGAAAUCGACUAUAUCAAUUCCUUCGUAGACCCAGCCACAGACGAUCGUAAAGAAACAAUGCAUUUCGAAAGUCUUUCAUUCUUCUUUAUAUUUAUGUUGAUAUUGCUAAUGCCGAUUCUUCUCAUGAACUUACUGAUUGGUUUAGCUGUCGGUGAUAUUGCAGGGGUACAGCGUAACGCUCAACUUAAACGGCUUGCAAUGCAGGUUGAUCUACACACAGACCUUGAACAGAAGUUGCCUUCAAAAAUUAUUCAAUACAGAAAUGCGACUGAGUACACAGUUUAUCCUAAUUGUUCACGAUUUUUUAUGUUGAAGCUUUGGAAGAAAAUCCGUGAAACGGCAGGAAUGGAUGAAGAUACAACACAAAUGGAACGAAUAACAGAAGCUACAACGGAUCCAGCUUUUGACUUGGUACACAAAGAGCAGCUUAAACAGAAAAGGAGGUUUAAAGAAAUGCAACAGCAGAUUAGCAAACAAUUAGACCUCCUCAAACUGAUAGUUCAGAAAAUGGAGAUCAAGUCCGAAGCCGAUGAUGAAGAUGAAGGAGACAAUAUACGUGACAAAAAUAAGGUUCAUCUGAGCCAAGUUGUUCGCCAAACAAUGGUACUGAAAGCCUUCCAUACUCAGCUAUCCCAAGCGUCGAGCCUUGGUGUGCGGCGAUGUAGUUCCACAACGGAGCCUAUGGUGGCGCCACCCUCUGUUGCCACUGUGGACGAGGUAAAUGAGAAUGAGCUAGAAAAAGGCAAUGACAACGAAACCUCCUCUUCCGAAGAUGGUGAGGAGGUGGGAGAUGAAGAGAAUAAACAGCGUGAAAGUGAUGCCACAGUCAGUAUUACAGAUGAUUCUGACGGAGCUCAGUCAUAUAAAUGUUAAUAAUCAGGUCAAAGCUUAAAGUCUAUAAGCAGAAUUUAUAACAUUCUACUUCAUAUUUGUUUCAAAGACGGCAAGUAAGCAUUAAUUCACAUUGAAUUAGUUUUUAAAAAUUAAAAAAAUGUGUGUAACCGAAAUUUGCUGGCCUAAGUUAACUUCAUUUGGGAGCUCUAUAGAAAAGAACGUUGAAAAUAACAUGUAAUUGUGUUUAUAAAAGGAAAAAAUGUACCGUAUUUCUAUUCAGGAAAGUGUUUAUUGGCAGAUCAUGGAUUGGUUAAAUCAUGAAAUAAUUACCAUAUUUAUUCGAAUAUACGCCUUGAGAAGGGUCUAUGGAAGGGGGGGGGGUGAUGGUUAUUUGAGAGACGCUUUUAUUUUAGGAAGGAAUUUAUUUUUAGUUUUUGGUGUAAAAUGGAUAGUGGAAGUGGAACUUCAAGACGACAAAAUGUGUUAUUGGCUGCCAACCUGGUUAAAUGAUGUAAUUCUACUUGAUUAGAAAAUUAAUAUAGUAUGUUGAGAAAUAUGUGGGUUACAUGAGUUCAGUUAUUUAGGGGGGGGGGUCGUUUCUUCGAGGGAGGCAUUAUUAAAACGUCCCUAUCCCGACGAAUUAUUAUUUGAUCAAACCAACCAAUCAACUAGACAAGAUAACUACCAUGAGUAAAUAGACGCAUUGGAACUCGAAGAGAAACCUAGGAAUAUAAACAUUAGUGUUACGGAGCGUUGAAAAUGUUAAAGUGUCACUAUUAAAAAGCAAAACCUAUAUUCUUUUGAAAUCCCAUCAAAAUUAUUUGUAAUUAAGUGAUGCCUCAUGACACGAGUAAAGUAAUGUUAAUGGCUAACACUAACACGCUUCCAAACAUACGCAAGAAACUGUUGUUGUUUAAAUAUGUUCUUGUGUUUUAUCAAUGAAUGAAAUGUAAUAUUACAAUGUAUGUACCUUGAUAUCUCAUGAUUUUAUUAACCUGUCCAUGAUAUUAUUUGUUCUAAACUUUACAGUCUCUUAUUAGUUUCGUGAUGAAUGUACGUGUUUCAGCAAGAAAGUAACAUUUUAAUACGGUAAUUGGUAUUUAUUCUAAAUGUGUAGUUACUUACAAAAUAGAUUGGUUGAGCUGAAAAUCAUCCUUCAAGAACAUAAUAAUUAGGUAAUCACAUCUUUUAUGAUAGUUUUUAACUUUUGUUUAUUAUCGGCAGCACCCUGUUGAACUUUUGUGUGUUAAUUUCUCUAGAUUAAAGAUAUAUAUUUUAAUAACUUUUAAUUAACAUUAUUAAAAUAUAUUUAAAAAUAAAAUAACAUUCCAAGUUGUCAAAAAUGGAUUGCACUGUCACACUACCUAGUUUUACACAGGAGGUAAUACAUGGUGGUACAUAGUGCGUUGUGAUUGUAUGAUUAUAUUUAGUAAAUAAUAUUGUGUUAAUGAUAUU